AUGUAUACCCAGAGCCGCGACCGCAUAGACCGUUGUCACCAGUGUGCAUACUUGACCUGCGCAGCCAGCAUGGAGGAUGGUUUUGAAGUCCCAUCUGCCGCCCCCACCCCAGAGCCUUCAGUGGGUGGCGGGGCCGGCUCGCGUGCUUCCAAGUCUUCCGCGUCCACGGCAGGCUCAAAAGGCCGGGCCAAACUUUGUGGGUUCCCAUCAUGUGAUGAGGACAGCAAGUGUGGAAGGCGCCAUUGCGGCCAUCACCAUCGCCAUCUUGACAAUGCACGCAACCAAGUCAUCCGGGUCAAGGGUGAGGCUGCUGGCAAGGCUUUCAUGGAGAAAUGUAAGAACAUCGAAUUCGCAAAUGGGCAAAUCGAGCACAUGAUGAAGCUUUCAGUGGGCCUCCCGAUGUUCGCCAGGGCCCCGAUGAUCGACUUCGUGAAGUGGGAACAAGAAUUCGGAGUUCUUGUGGAGACCACGAAUGCGUCGCAGCUCCGCCCAUUCGAAGAGGGCCAGUGGAUAAUCAAACAGGUCACGAAGUUCGGCCGCGAGAAGGAGGAAAUGAAGGAGGCCUGGAAACAAAAAUUGGCUGGCCCGUGGAGGCGCGACCACCUGGGGUACAACGGCUGUAUCCGAUUGUGGUUGCCAGCCCUUGAAUUCGAACAGAAGGCAAACACUCAAUUCGUGAAGGGUGCGGCCAAAGAAGAGUCGAAGAUCAAAAAAAAUCCAAAGGACUUCGAGAUCGACGCCUUCCGUCGCCAUGCCACUGAAGCUGACCUCACUCACGGCCACUCUUUCUUCAAUGGGGGCAGUGGCAUCACCGAGGAAAGCCCCGAAGAUUAUGGUGCCGAGAGAGAAGAGAAGGCGGUCACUGACGACGCUGCCUCCUCCAAGGACGGUGCGAGCCCAGUGAAGCGCAAGGCUGCGGAGACACUGGACGCAUCCGAAGACGAGGUUGAGAGCCGCGCUGCAGGUCCAAAGAGCAAGAAGCCGCGGAAGGCAGGGAACUUGGCAAGUGCGAGGGCAACACUCUUCGACACCCUAUCCAAGCAGAUGCAGGCCAAGUGCGCGACCAUCCUUGCAAAGAUCCAGGAGGCUGAGAAAGGCUUCAUGAACACCUUCAUCAAGAGCAUCUCGGAGGAGGAAGUGGAUGAAGAUGGGUUGGAGAAGCGCCGCCUCAUGUGGCGAAGAAUGUUUGCGUGCCUCGGCCAGCUGGAAUCCUCUUGGAAGAAGAGCACGCUGGAUGUCAGCAAGCACGUGACCAGCUUGGCCAACGCCAUUGAGAAGGAAACAAAGAAGCGCAAAGACCGGGAAGCCAAGGAAGCAGCUGCCAAGCACCUCGCAGCUGUGCAAGAAAAGAUGAAGAAGGCCAAAGCUGACGGUUCAGAUAUGCCUGAUAUCUUCAAGCUUGACAAGAGCGCGCUGGUGAAGGCCAUGAAGGUGCUCAAGGGCAACUCCAUUCCUGCGGACGCUGUCUUGGAUGAGCCGAUUGUGCUGCAAGAGAGCUCCCAUGAGCAGGCUUGGGCAAGCAAUGGGGUAUGCCUCCAGGUCAUGACGAACUUUGGGGCCAGAUACAAGAAGGUUCCCACGUAUGAGGCCACGGGAAAGGUCACUCAGCCUCUCCAAGCAAGGGCUGGCAACGAGCCCACGGAGAAGUUCUUUGCAGACGUGAUGUCGGCCGUGAAGGGGCAAAUCGUUGAUAUCAAGGACAUUGCUCAGAAUUGGAUGACCACAAGUUGGAUGUUUGGGCUGAUGCCGAAGCGGAUCUUUGCCGGCCUGCCCCCCAACUGUGCGGCCAUGCUUCGUGUGCUGGUUUAUGGCGAGAUUGAGGUCUAUUCAUUUUCCACCGAGAGCUUUUUCAAGCACCUCAAGGACAAGAGCAUCGCCCUGCCAUCCACAAUUGCGGAGUAUGAGCAGGCCUUGGCGUUUGACUUUGGUGGAU